GCGACUACUGUAAGAAUGAGGAACGGGGCAGGACAACAGAGAACUCUUAAUUGUUCAGAGAACUCUGUCCCCUCCCCCGCGUCCCUGCAGAAUGUUGAGUCUGAAAGCAUGAGCAGGUUAGCGUGUCAAGGGGUGUCCAUCAUGACCUGUGGAGGAUGAGCGAUGUUCUGAUGCACAGCACCGGCGAGUCACUGUAGACACAGGGCUCGUCUCCAUGAGCGUCAAAGGAACUUAAGCCACACUGGAGCUCUUCCACUUGACAAAAGUCCCUGUGCUGCACAUAACCAACGAGGCCAGGAGAAAAAUAAGACCAGAGAUACCGCUUGAGGCCAGAGGAUUCACGCAGGGGAGCACCCCUUAAGGGACAGGCCUGGGUCUGGGAAAGCAGUGAGUUGCCGCUGAUGGACAUAGAUCCUACGCUAGCCACAGUUUGUUUGAGCCAUGUCAGUGGCAGCAUCAACGAGCAGGAGUGCCUCCACUCUGUCUUCUCCACAGAUCCAGCAAGGAGCCUUAAAAGAAGCUAAGGGACCCCCUCACAUCUGGGCUGCACGGCAUUGGAACCUGGGUCUACGACUAGUGCCAGGACACGCAUCUGUUAGAGCAGGGAUCUUGGUGCUACUGAUUUUUCUCCCGAGCACGCUCUGUGACCUAGGAUCUGUAUAUGACUCUUCCUAUGAAACGGUCAUCCCCGAGAGACUGCCGGGCCAGGGGAGUGAAGAUCCUGGAGGGAAGGUGUCCUACAUGCUGUUGAUGCAAGGCCAAAAGCAGCUGCUUCACCUCAAGGUAAAGGGACACUACUCUGAGAGGAACUUCCCGGUCUACAGUUACCACAAUGGUAUCCUGGGGCAAGAAAUGCCUCUCCUCUCCCAGGCCUGCCACUAUGAGGGCCACAUGGAAGGGGUGCCGGGCUCCUUUGUUUCUGUCAACAUCUGUUCAGGCCUCAGGGGGGUCUUGAUUAAAGAGGAAACAGCCUAUGGCAUCGAGCCCCUGCUCUUUUCCACAAACUUUGAGCACAUCCUCUAUACCAUGGCGCACCAGCCUGUGGUCCUCUGCAAUGUCACUCCUACAGACAGCCUGGGGGACUCCAGCCAGCAACAAGGGAGCAACAAGACCGAUGAGGUGCUGGCUCUGUCUGACUUGUGGUCACACGCCAAGUAUGUGGAGAUGUUUGUCGUGGUCAACCACCAGCGCUUCCAGAUGUGGGGCAGUGAUGUCAACACGACGGUCCAGGCGGUAGUGGACAUCAUUGCUCUGGCCAACAGCUUCACUAGGGGAAUAAACACAGAGGUGGUGCUGGUGGGCCUGGAGAUCUGGACAGAGGGGGACCCGAUAGAGGUCCCAGUGGACCUGCAGGCUACACUCAGGAAUUUCAACUUGUGGAGACAGGAGAAACUCAUGGGCCGGGUCAGGCACGAUGUGGCACACUUGAUCGUCGGGCAUCGCCCAGGAGAGAACGAGGGCCAGGCGUUUCUGGAUGGUGCCUGUUCAGGCGGGUUUGCGGCGGCCGUGGAGGCCUUCCAUCAUGAGGAUGUCCUCCUGUUUGCGGCGCUCAUGGCCCACGAGCUCGGGCACAACCUGGGUAUCCGGCACGACCACCCAGGCUGCACCUGUGGUCCUAAGCACCUCUGCCUCAUGCAUGAGACGAUCAGUAAGACCAGUGGCUUCAGCAACUGCAGCUCUGACCACUUCCUCCGUUUCCUCCAUGACCACAGAGGGGCCUGCCUGCUUGACCGGCCUUGGCACCAGAGCCACAAGCGCAGAGAUGCCCAUUGUGGAAACGGUGUGGUAGAGGAGUCGGAGGAGUGUGACUGUGGUAAUGCCUGUGACAGUCACCCAUGCUGUGAGCCAACAUGUACACUGAAGGUGGGUGCGCAGUGCAGUGAGGGACUCUGCUGCUACAAAUGUGCAUUCAAGAAGAAAGGGACCUUAUGUCGUCCUGCUGAGGAUGUAUGUGACCUUCCCGAGUACUGCAAUGGCGUUACUCGAGAAUGCCCUGCAAACAGCUACAUGCAGGACGGCACGCAGUGCGAUAGGAUUUAUUACUGCUCUGGGGGUUUGUGUAAGAACCCUGAUAAGCAAUGUGCAAGGAUCUAUGGGUAUCCUGCAAGAUCGGCCCCCGAGGAGUGUUACAUUUCAGUUAAUACUAAAGCCAACCGGUUUGGAAACUGUGGCCAUCCCACCUCGGCUAACCUAAAAUAUGAAGCAUGUUCCAAUGAGGAUAUAUUUUGUGGGAAGUUGGUAUGCACGGAUGUUAGAUUCUUGCCUCAAGUCAAGCCCCUACACUCACUCCUCCAGAUUCCUUAUGGAGAUGACUGGUGUUGGAGCAUGGAUGCCUAUAACGUCACUGAUAUCCCUGAUUACGGUGACGUGCAGGGCGGUACCUACUGUGCCCCAAAAAAAGUCUGCAUGGAGUCCAUCUGCACCGGUCAUGCCACGCUCCAGUAUGACUGUCAUCCGCAGGAAAUGUGUCAUGGGAAUGGAGUGUGCAACAAUUUCAAGCACUGUCACUGUGAUGCUGGCUUCUCCCCUCCUGACUGCAGCACUGGAGGAAAUGGGGGGAGUGUGGACAGUGGUCCUGUCGGGAAGCCAGCUAACCGAAACUUGAGUCUUUUUGGAGUUGGAGAAAGUCCGGAUUCGAGGAUGGAGGAUGAGGAGAUCAACCUCAAAGUGGUGGUGCUUGUGGUCCCCAUCUUCCUUAUUGUCCUACUGUGCUGUCUAAUGCUCAUCGCCUACCUCUGGUCUGAAGUACAGGAGGCAGUGUCUCCAGGGUCUUCAAGCACAACCUCGUCCUCAGAGUCCGAGUCCGACUGACGUCCGCAGACCUCCUCGUGGGCUGUUGCUACCGAGGUCGUGUGUUUGCGGGGCAGUUUUUCCUCCGUGGUUUUUAGGGCUUGUUGCAUGCACACUGUUUACCGUAAUGUGUUGUAUAUACACUUGUGUUGCUCUUCUCUACAGUAACAACUGGUAUUAUCGUGUGAAAGUUUUUAUGGGAUCUAAAUGUUCUAACUUGCCCUGUCAGCUACUGUUCAUAAAAUACAAGUCAUUUUAAAUAAACAUGAAUAACAAGGCC